AGAUGGCCCCCGAUCCCGAGGCGGCGGGGAACCGGGAUGUGGUCCCUGCACCCCGCUACUUCACCUGGGACGAGGUGGCGGAGCGCUCCGGGAGAGAGAAGGAGCGGUGGCUGGUGAUCGACCGGAAGGUGUAUAACAUCACCGAGUUUGUCCGCCGGCACCCUGGGGGCUCCCGGGUCAUCAGUCACUAUGCCGGGCAGGAUGCUACGGACGCCUUUAUGGCAUUCCACCUCAACAAGAACUUGGUGAGAAAGUAUAUGAAUUCACUCCUGAUUGGAGAGCUCUCUCCUGAGCAGCCCAGCUCUGAGCCCACCAAAAAUGAAGAGCUGAUCAAGGAUUUCCGGGAACUCUAUACCACAGUGGAGCGAGCAGGGUUCAUGAAGCCCAAGCACAUCUUCUUCUUCCUGUACCUGCUGCACAUCCUGCUGAUGGAUGUCGCCGCCUGGUUGACGCUUUACUGGUUUGGGACGUCCUGGGUGCCCUUCCUCAUCUGUGCAGUGCUCCUCAGCGCAGUGCAGGCCCAGGCUGGCUGGCUGCAGCAUGACUUUGGGCAUCUGUCUGUCUUCAGCACCACCUCCUGGAAUCACCUGCUACAUCACUUCGUGAUUGGCCACCUGAAGGGAGCCCCCGCCAGCUGGUGGAACCACAUGCACUUUCAGCACCACGCCAAGCCCAACUGCUACCGCAAGGACCCCGACAUCAACAUGCACCCCCUCUUGUUUGCCUUGGGGAAGAUCCUCUCUGUGGAGCUUGGGAAAGAGAAGAAAAAGUACAUGCCGUACAACCACCAGCACAAGUACUUCUUCCUGAUUGGGCCCCCCGCCCUGAUGCCGCUCUACUUCCAGUGGUAUAUUUUCUAUUUUGUCGUCCAGCGGAAGAAAUGGGUGGACCUGGCCUGGAUGAGCACUUUCUACAUCCGCAUCAUCCUCACUUACAUGCCGCUGCUGGGACUGAAAGGCUUUCUGGCCCUUUUCUUCACUUUCAGGUUCCUGGAAAGCAACUGGUUUGUGUGGGUGACACAGAUGAACCACAUCCCCAUGCACAUCGAUCAUGACCGGAACCAGGACUGGGUGACCACCCAGCUCCAAGCAACAUGCAACGUCCACCAGUCUUUCUUCAAUGACUGGUUCAGUGGCCAUCUCAACUUCCAGAUUGAACACCACCUCUUCCCCAUGAUGCCGCGACACAACUACCACAAAGUGGCACCACUGGUGCAGUCCCUGUGUGCCAAGCACGGCGUGGAGUACAAGUCUAAGUCCCUGCUCUCCGCCUUCGCUGACAUUGUCUACUCACUGAAGGAGUCGGGGCAGCUCUGGCUGGAUGCCUAUCUUGACCAUUAG